AUGACUAUGUAUGCUGCUAAUAUUUAUUUUUGGAGGCGAUUCCGAGUAAAUUACUCCUUCAUAUUUGGAUUCAAACAAGGAACUGAGCUUGGCUACAAACAAGUUCUAUUUGUGGGAUUCAGCAUUGGCGCGCUUGCUCUUCUUUGUGUUCUUGCCAAUCUUGACAUGGAAACAGACCCCAAAACCAAAGACUACCAAGCACUAACCGAACUUCUUCCUCUUUUCCUCCUUACUGCUAUGUUUAUAGUUCUAAUCCUACCAUUCAACAUCUUCUACCGAUCGAGUCGCUUCUUCUUCCUUAACUGCAUGUUUCGCAUUUUUGCUGCUCCUCUUUAUAAGGUGACACUACCCGAUUUCUUCUUGGCAGAUCAAUUAUGCAGCCAAGCGCAAUCUCUUCGGAGCAUAGAGUUCUACAUUUGCUAUUAUGGUUGGGGAGACUUCAAACAAAGACAAAACACUUGUAAGGAGUCACAAGUCUUCAACACUUUCUUAUUCAUUGUUGCUGCCUUCCCAUUCGUUUCUCGCUUCCUUCAGUGUAUGAGGCGAGUGUUGGAAGAGAGAAACAUAGAACAAGGGUAUAAUGGUUUUAAGUACUGUCUUAUAGUAGUUGCUGUUUGCUUAGGGAUGGCUUAUGAAGUCGAUCGUCAAAAAGAUCGUCAGAUUAUUUGGAGACUGUUAGGUGGUAUUGCCUCAGCUAUGGCUGUGGUUUUUUGUACAUAUUGGGACUUAGUCUAUGAUUGGGGACUUCUUAACCGAACCUCCAAGAAUCCAUGGCUACGCGAUGAACUCCUCGUACCAUACAAGGAAGUUUACUUCAUUGCCAUGAUCUUGAACGUGGUGCUGAGAUUUGCGUGGAUGCAGACGGUGCUAGAUUUCAAAUUCGGGUCAAUGCACACACAGACGGUGAUUGCCAUCGUUGCAAGUCUUGAGAUCAUUCGUCGUGGCAUAUGGAAUUUCUUCAGAUUAGAGAACGAACAUUUAAACAAUGUCGGGAAGUACAGAGCUUUCAAGACGGUUUCAUUACCAUUCGACUACGACGAGGACCUAUAA